GUCGCUUUUUUCCUUUGCUUUUUCUCCUGCGCGGAAAGGGAGGGAGUGGGGGCUCCGUCCUUUCUGGAGUUGGUAUGUGAGGAGCGCUCCCAGCCCAGUGCCAUGUAUUGGAAGAGCAACCAGAUGUUUGUGUGUAAACUGGACGACAAAGACGUGCCUGCGCUUCGCCUCGCGACGGAAAAGUUCCCGAGGCUCAUGGCUGAGGAGUGUGGGCGAGUAGCAGCAGCGACGGCCGCGGCGGCGGCGGCGACCGCGAAUGGGAGAAGGCGGAAAAGCGCGGGAGAGACGGGGCUGGUGAGCCCCGAGGUUGCUGGAGACGAGGAUUCAUGCUCGUCGUCCACCCCGCUCUCGCCUUCUUCGUCUUCUCCGCGCUCGCUGACUUCGGGCCCGGGCGGAUGCGCGCCCAGCAAGUGCGUCUGCAGCAGCUGCGGCCUAGAGAUAAUCGACAAGUACCUUCUCAAGGUAAAUGACUUGUGCUGGCAUGUGCGGUGUCUCUCUUGCAGUGUAUGUAGGACUUCUUUGGGAAGGCACACCAGCUGCUAUAUCAAAGACAAAGACAUUUUCUGCAAACUAGACUAUUUCAGACGGUAUGGAACUCGUUGUUCUCGCUGCGGCAGGCAUAUCCAUUCUACUGACUGGGUCCGAAGAGCUAAGGGAAAUGUGUAUCACUUGGCAUGCUUUGCCUGCUUCUCUUGCAAAAGGCAGCUUUCCACAGGGGAGGAGUUUGCUUUGGUUGAAGAGAAAGUCCUCUGUAGGGUACAUUAUGACUGCAUGUUGGAUAAUCUGAAACGAGAAGUUGAAAAUGGUAAUGGUAUCAGUGUAGAAGGUGCGUUGCUUACAGAACAAGAUAUUAAUCAUCCAAAACCAGCAAAAAGGGCUCGGACCAGUUUCACAGCAGAUCAGCUUCAGGUAAUGCAAGCACAGUUUGCUCAGGACAACAACCCAGAUGCACAAACACUCCAAAAACUGGCAGAAAGAACAGGCUUGAGCAGGCGUGUGAUACAGGUGUGGUUUCAAAACUGCAGAGCACGCCACAAGAAACACGUUAGCCCCAAUCACUCUUCGACUACUCCUGUUACAACAGUCCAGCCUUCCAGGCUCUCUCCACCAAUGUUAGAAGAAAUGACAUACUCGGCCUAUGUACCCCAGGACGGGACAAUGCUAACUGCUCUGCAUAGUUACAUGGAUGCUCAUUCACCUUCUGCUCUUGGACUCCAGCCCUUGCUACCCCAUUCAAUGACACAACUGCCGAUAAGUCACAGUUAACUCAUUUAUUUCAGGGACAUGAGACUAAAGAGGUACCCCUGAGACACCCACUGUACUUGUAUUCAGUUUAAACUUUAAAUGACAUCCAAAGCAUUUUGAAGACUAUUUUGUUGCCCAGGUAUGUAAGUAUAGUUGGCCUGCAAGACACUUUUAUGGCUUUCUCCAUAAAUAUGUUUACAAGACUUAUUAAAGAGAACACCUUUUUUUUUGUAUUGUCUGGAAAUAGUCCAUUCUAGCUAUGUGUUUGUUUAAUUUAUUUAUCAUCAAAAGAGCACUUUGCUAAAAGACAGGACUGACAGUUGUGCAAAAUG